CCAUAUUUUAAGAGAAAGAAAUUAAGAGAGAGAGAGAGAAGGGUAACUACCCAUGCUUGAAAUCCUAUAAAAUUUCACUCUCUUAUCCCUUGAAAGACCAACACCUCAAAUAAGACAAUUUUGCACAAUCCAGUUGUGUGUGAUUGUACUAUAACCCCGUGUGUGUGUUCACGCAUAAAACAAGAAACACACACAAAUAUAUGAUGUGUGUAUGUAUCCAUCAUCAAGCAAAUUAAGCGAUUGAUGAUUUCGGAUGCACUAGCUAGCUAGUUUAAUUAUUGAUUCCGAUUGUUGUUGUGAGGAUUUUAUGGCCAUUGGCGCCGCAGGGAUGAACAAUCAAGAAGACAAGCAAGACGAGCACGAAAACGACGUCGUGAUGCCCGGCUUCCGCUUCCACCCCACCGAGGAAGAGCUCGUCGAAUUCUACCUCCGGAGAAAGGUGGAGGGCAAGAAAUUCAACGUCGAGCUCAUCACUUUUCUAGACCUCUACCGCUACGACCCUUGGGAACUCCCAGCUCUGGCGGCUAUAGGCGAGAAAGAGUGGUACUUCUAUGUCCCGAGAGAUCGGAAGUACAGGAACGGCGAUCGGCCCAACCGCGUGACCACAUCUGGGUACUGGAAGGCCACCGGCGCCGAUCGGAUGAUCCGGAGCGAGAAUCUCCUGUCCAUCGGCCUCAAGAAAACCCUCGUUUUCUACUCCGGCAAAGCCCCCAAAGGCAUCCGUACUAGCUGGAUCAUGAACGAAUACCGCCUCCCUCAUCUCGACACUCAGCGUCUACAAAAGGAGGCGGAAAUUUCCCUUUGCCGUGUGUACAAAAGGGCGGGAGUGGAGAACCACCCGUCCCUGCCGCGGAUCCUCCCUACGAAGGCGCGGAAGCAGCAGGAGACGUCAACAUCGGCGGCGUCGAGUGGGAUUUUCCAGCAAACCGACGGAAAAUUGAGCGAAUCGAGCCCCACGAGCAGCACGGACAUCGGAACCUCCCACGCCCUCUCGCACCGGACCUCCUACGCCAUCGAUCCACUGGCCCCGGGAGAGGAGAUGCUGCAACAGUCCAAGCAGCCGAUCUUUGCCAAUCCCAACGCCAUCGAUGAUUUCCACAAACUCGUCCAUAACUACUCAUCAUCGCAGCAAUCUGCAUCGGCCAUCGGCAACGAGAGCCAGCUUCAUCUCUACAACACUCCUCCGGCUAAUCUGCUAUCGCAGUUCACGGCCUUGCAGCCCCAGACGGCGGCGUACUCGGAUAGACUGUGGGAGUGGGGUGCGAUACCGGAGGCGGGGAAGGACUACAGCAGUCUGUUCAUGUAAAUUUCAUUGUUUGUAUGUUGAUUUUAUGUUGAUUGACUUCUUCGUUGCAUACUUUGGUGAAAGGGUACUAAAUAAUUUGGUUUUUCUAGUUAGGGUUUUCUACUAUUGUUCCAAUUGUGUUUGGAAAUCCAAUUAUAUAUAGGUUUUUUCCACUACUUGCUA